AACACCCUGACAGACGAGUCCUUGAAGAAAAUGGAGAUGUUAAAAACAGCAAAACAGGCCUAGGAGGAUCAUUAUGAUUCACUUAUCCAGUUGUAAAUGAGAAGCCAUGGACGUCUGCUCCUUUGGGAAUCUCCACCCCUUUGAAAAGAAAAUAGAGGUUAAAAAUCUGCUAAACGAGUUAGCAGCAACCAGGAUCCUUCUCUUCCACAGGAGGAGGCAUGGUGUUCCACAGGGUAGUAUUGGGAACUGCUGUCAGGCUUGUUUGCACUGUAUAGCAUUACUCAGAUGGCAGAAUAUACAACAGAAAACAGAUCUCAAAACUGCCCUUGUGCAGGGAGACGAUUUCUCAUCAGGCACCAGCAGCCGGAGCACCAAGCUCAUUCACGGAGGAGUCCGAUAUCUACAGAAAGCCAUCAUGAAAUUGGAUUACAAACAGGACAACACAACGAUGCUCGAGUGAACCUCGCCAUCGCCCUCACUGCUGCCAGGUAUGGGGCUGCCAUAGCCAAUUACACUGAAGUGGUGCACCUACUGAAGAGGGCAGACCCUCAGACGGGGAAGGAGAGGGUCUGCGGAGCGCACUGCAGGGAUGGGAUCACAGGGCAGGAAUUUGAUGUCAGAGCCAAAUGUGUUAUCAAUGCCACGGGACCUUUUACAGACGCGCUGUGGAAAAUGGAUGAUCAGAAGAACCCCGACAUCUGUCAGCCCAGUGCUGGGGUGCACAUCGUCAUCCCAGGCUAUUACAGGACAAUAUGUGCACCCUUGGUUGAAGCAAGGGGAGCAGCGGCUGGAAUUGAAACCAGCUGA